AUGAGUGCAAUAGCAGUCUCCCACUUUAAGUAUGCUAUCAUCAUUCAGAAAUGGUGGCGUGGCACACUGGUCCGGCGCAGUCUGCAACAAGCCAUCAGAUGUGCGUUGGUGAUACAGAAAUGGUGGCGCUCUGCUUUCCGUCAGGCACAGGAAAAGAAAAGGGCAAUGGCACUGGUGAUUUACAUUUGGUCUGAGAAGACGACUGUCCUCUUGCAGUCGAUGCUCAGGAUGUGGCUUAUGAAAACCCGGUACAAGAGAUAUCAACAUGCAGCCCAGGUCAUUCAAAAUAAUUGGCGGCUCUACAAUUUCAGGAGAGACUCCAGUGUCUAUUCACUCGACAGCCUGGCUCAGGAUGGCAUAGACUUGAACAUUGAGAUUGUGGUUGGGUAA